UUUCCGCAUACAGGCUGCUAUAGCAGCGUGAUAACGGACGGACAGAUGUCUAUGUGUUGUUUUUGACUAAAGCUGCAGAAGUAUCGUCUGAUGUGACAUGGGACGGUUGUGAGGAUGAGGCAGUGGAGGGCUGCAGCCCCCCAUGGAAGGGUGAAGGAGUGACAGGAAACCAGAGCGAGGGGCUUAUCUCAGCAGAGGACAGAGGCAGCUGCAGCAUCCAUCAGUAGGACAUCACGUUGUUAUAAACACGACUUAGUAGACUGACCACCAAAGCCUCUGUUGUUAUCAAACAUAUCAUUUCAACGCAGUCUUUUGAUUGACGUAGCUGCUUGUGUGAGGAGUAUUCAAGUGUUGGAGCGCAGAAGCAGGUGACACGGUAUAGAUGGGAUUUAUGGCUCUUUGAAGGGAGCCGGAUCUUGAGGAGCCGUUCUCUUCAAAGAGCCGUUCAAAAGACUGGCUCAUUAAUUUAUUUUUAAGAAGCUAGCCUAGUGGUAACCCUUUUUAACUGGGAAAUAAUCACUGGGAGGAAUGAUAGGGUAAGAUUUGGAUCAGAAUUAUUCAGACUUAGAUCGGAUAUCUGAGUUUGAUAUAUUUUAAAUAUUGAUUAUAAUUUAAUUUAACAUGUGUUGACUAGAUUUUAAUGUCUGAUCUGCAUUCAUUGUAAACAUUCCACAAGGUGGUGCUAUAUCCCUCUGCUUUGACACUGACAUCACUAUUUUGGAUCUAGUUUGUAUACAAUGUGUCGAAGUGUAAAUACAGCUCUUUUCACAUGUUCAGCAUAUAUCAACUUUUUUUCACCUCUUAAUUGUAGCACAAUAAAAACUAAGCAGACAAUGAACUUCCAUGCAAAAAUAUAAUUAACAAAAAAUAUAUUAAAAUAGAACAACUUUUACAAAACAAGUUUCUUUCAAGUAUAACACUGCAGAGGACUCCUGGGGCCCGUUUCAGAAAGCAGGUUCAACAAACUCUGAGUUAAAACCUUAACUCUAUGUUGACCAACUCUGAGCUGUCAAACUCUCAGAACAGUUGAUAACACUUAGUUCAAUCAACUCAGAGUCAAGGUAACCCUGAGUGAAGCUCUUGCAUGAGGAUAUAAAAAGCCCUCAUCAAUGGAGCACAGAUAACAUGAUUCACCAUGGCAACAAGUGGUAAACAGCCUCGAUCCUCCUACUUCUCCCCAGUGGAGUUGGAAAUAUUAAUGACUGCGUAUGCAGAAAGUGAGCAUAUAUUUUUAAAAAGAAGCAAUACUGUGGCAGCAGCAAAAGAGCGGGAGCUUGUGUGGCAGAAAAUUGCUGACCGUGUCAAUGCGUGCAACCCAACAGGCACCAAACGGACUUGGCAGCAGCUAAAGAUGAAAUAUAAAAAUGUAGUUCAAACAGCUAACAGAAAAAAGGCUGAGGCCCGCAAAACAGGUGGCUGUCCACCACCACCACCUCUCACAGAGGCUGAGAAGAUGGCCUUCAGUCAGAACAGUGGGCGACCCAUUGCUGAGGGCAUCUCUGGGGGGAGCUCAUCGGACCCACCCACGCCCCAGGACACAGGGGCCUACAUAAAAGUUACUGAUGAUGGUGUAAUCUGUCUCGUGGAGUCUUCUGCCAUAACAGACCUCCAUGCUGAGGAUGGUGAAGACACCUUAUCAGCUGCCACAGUGAGGGAAGAUGCAGAGAGGCCUGUUGAAAGCCAUGCUGGAAAUUACAAUGAGGAAGAAGGUCCAUCAACCUCCACAGAACAGCUUACCUCACUCCCUGUGAAACAACUGUAUAAGGUAUAUUUGCAAGCACAAAUCAACAAAUUUCAUCUGGAAAUGGACCAUAUAAGGCUGCAGAUCACAAAGACAAAAAUGGAAAUACAAAUGCUGGACCAUCAGUUAAAGGUGGGUGACGUGCCCACAGGUGGAUGAUUUUUAAUUGUUUCAACAACAAAGGAUUAACAACUGUACAAAAUUUCUCC